CAGUGUUGUGCUGCUCAGACCGGUGUGUGUGUCUGUCUAUGUGUCCUCUUUAGCCUCUUUUAUCAGAAUGGCAGCCAUUAAAGACGACGCAGACGUUGACGAUAUUCUCGCCGACGAGGAGGAGCUCGUGAAGGCCUUGUGUGUGCUGGCGGGAAGCGACCCAGAAAACUGCUCUUACUCCCGGGGUUAUGUGAAGAGACAGGCUGUGUUUGCCUGCAACACCUGCACUCCCAGUGCUGCAGAGCAUGCUGGGAUUUGUCUGGCCUGUACCAAUAAAUGCCACGAUGGACAUGAUAUCUUUGAACUGUACACCAAAAGAAAUUUCCGCUGUGACUGUGGAAAUGGCAAGUUUGGGGAAUUCAAGUGCCAGCUAUUUCCUGCCAAAGAUGAGGAAAAUGUCAGAAAUCACUACAAUCACAACUUCAGCGGCUGCUACUGCACGUGUGACCGGCCGUACCCGGACACAGACGACCAGGCCAACGAUGAGAUGAUUCAGUGUGUUGUGUGUGAGGAUUGGUUUCAUAGCAGGCACCUGGGCUGUGCUGUUGCUGAACCCGAGGAGCUGCAAGAGAUGGUGUGUGAGGCCUGCAUGAACAAGGCUCCCUUCCUGUGGUCGUACGCUGCCCACUUUGCAGUCCCACCUGUGAUCAGCGUCAGUCAUCUUGCAGAAGAAGUAGAAGUCAAUGUCGAGGAGGGAGCAGAAAAGGAAGAGGACUCUGAGCCCGGUCAAAGCAGGGAUGAGGAACCGUCCACCAGCACUGAUCACGCAAAGCAGGAGGAAGCAACAAACAGGAGUUCCCCUUGCAAACGAACUCACGAGGAAAUGGCUGGCAGCCUUGCGAAGGCCACGACCAGAACUGUGGCGUGCAGACUGAAGGAGCUGGAGGUCAAGGGGCUGGAGAAGCUGAGACAGGGAGCGGUGUUCUGGCCUUACGGUUGGCGCUCGGAACUUUGCACCUGCACAAGCUGCAAGAAAGCCUAUGUGGCUGCCGAGGUGCAGUUUCUCAUGGAUCUGUCUGACACAAUUCUGGCCUACGAGAACAAAGGCUUGGCUGAGCCGUUUGGGCAGCACCCGCUGAUGAUGCUGACAAACUCGAUGGACCGCGUGCAGCAGCUGGAGGUCAUUUACGGUUUCAAUGAGCUGACAACUUCAAUCAAUGCUUUUUUAGACCAGUGUGUUGCUGAAGGAAAGACGGUCACAGCCGAAGCCGUGCAUCAGUUCUUCGAGGAGCUGCGGGCUAGAAAAAGACGCCGAACCAAUGCAGGAUACCAGUAGCAAGGAGGCCACGACGCUGUCAUAUGGUGCUUUGAAUGUAUGUGUAACUUGGAAGGUGACCCUUUCUCUGUGUUUAAUAAAAGGGUUUCUAGCUGCAAUCAAUGUGAUCCUAAAGCUUGAAUGAUUAGUGCAGAGAGUACUGACCUAUAGUUGUUGUCGUAAAGGCUUUCUUGUAGGGUGAAGGAUUGUGGGUGUUGGGUUCAGCUUCAUUCAUAUCAAUUUUUAAUGAUGCCUUAACUUUCAAGCUCCUAAUGAAAGUUUACUUGAAAAAAAAAAAAAAAUUGUUUCAGCACUUUAUAGUUUAAAAGUUGUCAUGAACAUGAUGCUGCCACGUGCAUUCCUGUGAACACAUCCAAUAUGUUAUUCUGACACUGAGCUGAACACUGUUGAAAUUGUUAAGAGGCUCUCUGGUGGAGAGCAGUUAAUUCAGACUUGUUUGUAAAAGCGAUGUGAAGAAAUAUUCCUGAUUCAUGUGGAUUCACAUUCAAAAUAAAGUUAUCACAUGUUUGUAGUGCACAAAACAA